UCUUUAUCCUCCUAAAGGAGCAAAACCUUGUCUCUGUUCUGCUUAAACCCAACUAAAAUUGAUGUACUAAAAACCCAAGAACUAUUUUGGAAUUUAUCCAUUCGGAAAAUGGCGUCUGUUACUCCUUCCUGGCGCUAUCAAGAUGGAGGAUUAAGAAGGAUAGUUUCAGUAGACGGGGGCGUCACCAAGAAUCUCAAGCUUCCUUUUGCAGGUCCAUUUUCUUCCCCAAUGUCAAAUUUUAGAGUUGUAACCAUCUCUCCGUUAAAGAGGGACCCUUUACUUCAUCGAAUAAGGUGCGAGAAAGAUGAUAAACAGAGCCCUAUCGAGCAUAUAUCAGUUGAGCGUUAUCCGUAUCAUAGCUAUAUGGACUCCACUUCCGGUCAGAUGGAGCCAGCUUCUGGUGCUCGUGCGAGCAUUCCAGGGGAAGAGUACUGGCCGGAAGGCACAUCAAGUCGAGUAAGGGCUGCACGGGCUCCUGAGCCAACGGGCGAGUCAACUGGAAAGCCAUCUUUCGGGAAAAACCCUGGAAGUAGGAGGAAAAGGAAUAAGUCUUCGUUUUCUGCAUCUCAGUCUUCAGAGACGACGAAUGUAGCUGUGAAUGAUCAAGUGGAAGCUGAAACUCAAGAGGAUUCGCUUGAUGAACAAAAAGAUCAGUCGUCUGGAUAUGUUGUCUAUCAGACAGAACCCACGGGAGAUGAGUUGAGUAGCUAUGAACUUGACAAGAAGAUUGGAAAUCCUCACCCCUUUAUUGAUCCGGAGGUGAAGAAACCGAUUGACGAUCCUCUUACAAGUGAUGAACUGUGGUGGAACUGGAGAAAGACUGAUAAGGAACAAUGGUCGAGGUGGCAAAGGAGGCGACCGGAUGUUGAGACAGUGUUUCUCAAGGCCAUGGCAGAGACUGGGCAAAUUAAGCUUUAUGGUGAAGAACCGACCCUCACUGAAUGCGCUCUUUUCAGAGCUAGACGUCAUAUUUAUAAAGAAGAGAGGCUUCAGCAAGAAAAUGAAAGGCUGCAAACACUAGGCCCCAUAGCUUACUAUUCAGAAUGGGUCGAAGCUUGGAAAAAAGACACCUCACGGGAAGCAGUGCAGAAGCAUUUUGAAGAGACUGGUGAAGACGAGACCACACAACUAAUUGAGAUGUUCACAUAUCAAACAGAUCGAGAGUACCGCAUCAUGAUGGGUACUGAUGUCCGUAUUCCCCGAGAUCCACUAGCAAUGCGCAUGCGGGAGGAUCAAAUAAAGCAAAUAUGGGGUGGAGAUCCUGUUUACCCAACUAUCAACUACAUUCAGGAUCCGAACGAGGUGAUUGAUUACAGGGGUCCAGAUUUUCACGAACCGACUCCAAACAUGCUUGAUUAUCUAAAAGAGCAUGGAAAAAUUAUAACAAGAGAGGAAAUGGACGAAAUCCUAGCCAAGGAGAAGAAUGAAGUAGUCGAGAUGGCAGACAUGGAUGAUGCUAUGGCGCAAGCAGUCGACAUAGGAGAAAAUGAUGACGAAGGAGAGGACAGCGAAGAUGAAGUGGAAGACAAAGAAGAUGAGAAAGUUACACGCAAUUGGAGCAUCGUAAAAAGCAACAACGAACUGCUCAAGCCAAAAUCGCAGGCGAAGCCCAAAAAGAAAAUUGAAACUCUGGAAGAAGCUGUAGAUGAUUCCGAGAACUUGACAGACUUUCUUUUAGACUUCGAUCAAGAGGAUUAGUUUGCCUCUUAUGUCAUGGUUGAGUGAGUUUCAGGGUGGAGACGAGAGCGAACUCCUCUGAAACUGCUGAAGACAUGCAUUCGACUUAGAUUCUUUCAGUGAAUGCUGCUAUUGUGACACUGAGGGGAGAGCUAUGAGAGAUAGCUCAUGGCGAAGGCGAAGGCGAACGAGCGAAUUUGCACUGUCAUUUUUUAUGAUAAGUUACAAGUAAGAAAAUGCCAAGUAUGAACUAUCUCAAUUGGUGUUGGAUUUUAGAUGUGUAUAUAAUGUUGUUGUUUCAACCAGAUUUUAUAUAUUGUGCAACAUGUAAUUCUUGGAUAUACCAUCAUUUCUAAAUUAUUUGUCUA